CGUGGUGACACCACAUGACAACAACGUCACACCGUCACCCCGACCUUCGCCCCUGGUUUGGUGUCACUCACCAGCAGUGAUGAUGGUGCCGUCCUGGCUGCUGGUGGCCCUGCUGGUGACCCUGCUGGUGGUCUGGCUGAGGGAUGCAGCGGCUGCUGUCACCCGUUUCCGGGCCACCUGCCAGCAGCUGCGUCACUUCCCUCUGCCACCAUGGCGCAGCUGGCUGCUGGGACACACCGGGAUGGCACGGAACACGGAGGAAGGACUGCAGGAUGUGGACAAGAUGGUGGCACAGUACCGUCAUGGCUGCCUCUGGUGGGUGUCCCCAUGGCUGCCGGUCCUCCGCCUCUUCCACCCCGACACCCUCCGCCCCGUGCUGAUGGCCUCAGCUUUCAUUGCCCCCAAGGACAAACUCUUCUACGGGUUCCUCAAGCCCUGGCUGGGGGAUGGGCUGCUGCUGAGUCGUGGGGACAAAUGGGCCCGGCACCGGCGCCUGCUGACACCCGCCUUCCACUUCGACAUCCUCAAGUCCUACAUCAGCAUCUUCAACAGCAGCACCCACAUCAUGCACGUGAGCCAGACCCUGAUUCCUGAUCUGCACACAGAUCCUGGUUCCUCACCCAGAUCCUCGCCCAGAUCCCCCAGUUCCUGACCCCAUCCUGCACUCAGAUCCCAGUUCCUCACCUGGAUCUUCACCCAGAUCCCGGCUCCUGACCCCAUCCUGCACUCAGAUCCCAGUUCCUCACCUGGAUCUUCACCCAGAUCCCAGCUCCUGACCCCAUCCUGCACCCAGAUCCCAGUUCCUCACCUGGAUCUUCACCCAGAUCCCAGCUCCUGACCCCAUCCUGCACCCAGAUCCCAGUUCCUCACCUGGAUCUUCACCCAGAUCCCAGCUCCUGACCCC